ACAAAACUGUCCUUUGUUGGAUUUCUUUGAGCUGCCUGUCGGGCGGGCUCAGGGCCAAGACUUGCGGCGGCGGCCAGCGCGCACCACGCUCACGCCAGGCGCCGGCCCUUCGCCGGGUCUCAGCGCAUUUAGCCGCAGCCCAGGAGUGGAGCUCAGCGCACUGCACAGCCAGGAUCCCAGGCCUGCGGCGGGCGCGGCGGGAGGCCGGAACGCAAGGAGUUAAGCGCGGGCGGCCGGGCCGGGCUGCGGGGAGGCGGCGGGCGCGGGAGCUCGGGCUGCAGACUGCUCCAGCAGGGCCGGGAGUGCGGGCGCCCGCGCAGCCCCAGCUCAUUCCCCGGCCUCAGUCUCGCUCAGCCCCAGCCCUGGCUCCGCGCUCCGGGCUUCCUGCUCCGCGCUGCGCCCUACCGGGCACGGAGAGCUCGGCGCAUCCUCAGGCAGCUGGAGAUCGUUCAGUGCUACAGAGCCCCAUACUUCCCAGGACUCAGCAGGGUCCUCAGAUCUCCUGAUAUGGUGGUAGCCCGGUGGCUUGAAUCUUGACCAGAUGGAGUCCUUCCAGCACGCGUCCCCAGAAGGUGGCACACAGCUUGGUCACCCAUUGGAGAUAGAGAAGAGGCCAGCAUUUAAGCUCUCAGUGAACUAAUCAAGAUCAACAGCAACCCAAGAGGCUGAGAAGGGGUCAGAAUAACAUCGCAGACGCGGGGCUCCCUCCCCCAUCCCUGUCACCAGAGUUCCUUAGCCAAACUCUGGGUGAGGAACAAGAUGUAAGGAAUGGAGACCACAUCCUGUAAGUCCCCUCUCUUGGCCCCAGGCAGCGCGCCUUGACUUUGGGAUUCCAGCAACCGUUGUCCGUGUCACCCCUGGACUCAGCUGGGCGCUGGCUUCCUUUCCUGCUACAUUAUCUCUGUGGAGGGAUCAGCGCACCAAGCCUUUGCGGUUUCAUUCCUGAGGAGUCCCCAGAAGCCACGCCCUCCGCGCCCCUUCCCAGCCAUCCACCCAGCCUGCCCCGAGCCAGUCCGUAAUGAUCCUGCUAUGGCCAAGCUCUGGUUCAAGUUCCAGCGGUGUUUCCGGUAUUUCCGCAGGAAGCCCGUGCGCUUCUUUACACUGCUGGCUAUCUACCUGACCGCCGGGAGCCUUGUCUUCCUGCACUCCGGCUUCGUGGGCCAGCCUUCGGUGCCCCAGAGCCAGGCCAGCCCCGCAGCGGGGAGCCCGGCGGAAGGAGGAGCCGAGCUGCCUUUCCUGGGUGACUUGCACCUGGGCAGAGGUUUCCGAGACACCGUGGAGGCCUCCAGCAUCGCACGGAGGUUCGGACCCACAUUCAAGGGCAAGGACACCAGUGAGAGAGCCAAAUUGGGCGACUACGGAGGAGCCUGGAGCCGAGCCCUCAAGGGGAGGGUUGUUCGGGAGAAGGAGAAGGAAAAGGAGGAGGAGAGAGCCAAGUACAUCGGCUGCUACCUGGACGACACCCAGAGCCGGGCCCUGCGAGGUGUGUCCUUUUUCGACUACAAAAAGAUGACAGUCUUCCGUUGCCAGGACAACUGUGCUGAACGGGGUUACCUGUACGCUGGGCUGGAGUUCGGCGCUGAGUGCUACUGUGGUCACAAGAUCCAGGCGGCCAACGUGAGUGAAGCGGACUGUGAUAUGGACUGCAAAGGAGAAAGGGGCAGCGUGUGUGGUGGCAUCAACCGCCUCUCCGUCUACCGGCUGCAGCUGGCCCAGGAGUCUGCCCGACGGUAUGGUAGUGCCGUGUUCAGAGGCUGCUUCCGGCGACCCAACAACCUUUCCCUGGCCUUGCCCGUGACAGUCGCCAUGCCGAACAUGUCUGUGGACAAGUGCGUGGACCUCUGCACAGAAAAGGAGUUCCCCCUGGCAGCCCUCGCGGGCACCGCCUGCCACUGCGGCUUUCCCACCACACGGUUCCCUCUUCAUGACCGGGAGGAUGAGCAACUGUGCGCCCAGAAGUGCAGCGCGGAGGAGUUCGAGAGCUGUGGGACCCCCAGCUACUUCAUCGUGUACCAGACACAGGUCCAAGACAACCGCUGUAUGGACAGAAGGUUCCUCCCAGCCAAGUCGAAGAAGCUCAUCGCUCUAGCCAGCUUCCCGGGCGCCGGCAACACGUGGGCUCGCCACCUCAUCGAGCUGGCUACCGGCUUUUACACUGGCAGCUACUACUUCGAUGGCUCUCUGUACAACAAAGGAUUCAAAGGUGAACGCGACCACUGGCGAAGCGGGCGGACCAUCUGCAUCAAGACCCACGAGAGCGGCCAGAAGGAGAUCGAGGCCUUCGACUCGGCUAUCUUGCUCAUCCGCAACCCCUACAAGGCCCUCAUGGCAGAGUUCAACCGCAAAUAUGGAGGCCACAUAGGCUUUGCCGCCCACGCCCACUGGAAAGGCAAAGAAUGGCCCGAGUUUGUGAGGAACUAUGCCCCGUGGUGGGCCACGCACACGCUGGACUGGCUCAAGUUUGGCAAGACCGUACUGGUGGUGCACUUCGAGGAUCUGAAGCAGGACUUGUUUACGCAGCUGGGUCGCAUGGUCAGCCUGCUGGGCGUGGCGGUCAGGGAGGAUCGGCUGCUGUGUGUGGAGAGCCAGAAGGAUGGCAACUUCAAGCGCUCGGGGCUGCGCAAGCUGGAGUAUGACCCUUACACAGCCGAGAUGCGCAGGACCAUCGCCGCCUACAUCAGGAUGGUGGACACAGCGCUGCGCAGCCGCAACCUCACUGGGGUGCCUGAGGCCUAUGGCCCAAGAUGAUGGGCAGACAGGGAGGGACCCAGCACGCCGUGCCCCUUGGCUUCAAAGAGCUGGUUUCCCUCUGGCACAAAGACAGCCCCAGGCUUCUGCCUGCCUUCAGAAAGGCCCCUCGGAGGGCCUUGGGGGGAGAUGUCUAGACACCGUCCCUGGAGAGUAGGCUGCCUGUUUUGGGGUAUCCCUGUCCCCCGGCCAUUGGUGGGAGAAGGGAGGUGAUAAUCUGGCAGAGGUUGGGAGGCUCUGGAUGUGGCAGCUGGACAGUUGUAAGCAGUGACCCUGCUCAGACUGUGUGGGUCCCGAGCAAGCACCGGCUUUCUGAUCUCUCUCAGGCCACCUCUGUGUGACAGACAGCCGGGACCUGUCUUUGUGGCCUUGGGUAUCUGACUCCUGAGGUACUCGAGACUGGUGCUUUGGUAUUACAGUGGGGAGCUGCCCCCAGGCUAAAACACAUGAGACCCAAGCUGGGUGUUGUUCCACCCCCAGGACUGCAACCCUGUCCUGUCUGCUCAUGCUAUGUCUUUGGGGUGAGGGUGAUGUUGGGGUUCUUGAUCCUUCUUCCAAAGUCCCUUAGGUACCAAAAACCAACCUAACAGGUUGACCAUGUGCCACAUACAAAGCCCUGAGGACCCACCUUUGCAGGGUGGAGCCUGAAAUAGCUGUCUCACACUGCCUGAUGGAUCCCUUAACCAGGAAGUCCUUUACUACCCAAGGCAGGGAAUAAAAAUGCUCCAACUCAGAGGGAUCCAUACCCAAAACUGUCCCCCACCCUCCAAGCCAUCAGCUUCCCUGCCCUUGCUUGUAGACCAACAGGGCCAGCCCCCACUGGGGACUCCUCAGAAAUGGGGUGAAGAACGGCUCUCCACCCCCAUCGUACCGCUGCUCUAUGAUGCUGAGACACCAAAGGAUUUCCGAUUCGAGUUACUGAUCAUGUUUUGGGAAGCACGCAUCCAGGAUCCCGUCUCCCCACCUUGAAUCCCUCUGGCUUCCCCUCCCUUCACAAUCCCCAUUACAUAAACGCAAAAGCCAUAGUCACAGCCCCUCGCUCUUCUGUCCAGAGCAGCCCCUGCAGCCUUGGGGGCAAACAAAACGCUCGUUCCCACCUAGCCGAGGAACCGUGGAGAAGGUUCGUGAAAAAAAAAAAAAAGAUAUAUUUUUUUAAGAGGAAUGUGACCAAGACAUUCUGCCCCUUGGACACUGGCCACACAAAAGGAAGGGCCGGAGACUGGACCUGCUUCCCUUCUCCAACGCUCUCAUCCGAGGGUUUGGACUACCCCAGGGCUCGGCCAAGGGGGCUCUGAAUGUAUUUUGUAUGGUGUUUCCCCACCCCAGACUAAUUUCUAGUUUUCUUUCACUGGGUAGCAGAGGGCCUGGCCUCCCCUCCUACUUGGAGGUCAGCUCUCUCUGAGAGACUCUGGGUCCAGAACCUGGGCCAGUUCCUUGCUAGUGGCCCCGUCUGGUCACAAACUUUCUGUUUGAAGAUUCCUCAGGUUAACACUAUCAUUAAAAGAAAGUUUUGUUGCUAA